GCACUGUGGAGUUGUUUCUUGUUGAUGCUGCUGAGAAUUCUAAUAAUGGGAGCUGUGGAUGUGGUCUGGGUUGUUGUACUGAUUGUUGGGAAUGUGAAAGUGUCUUGUUUCCCUUUUGGUGAGUCUCAGAAGUUUGAUGGAAUCUAUCUGAAGGGAUUUCAAGUAAAUUUGGACAAUGGAGGAUCUAAAGGAUCAUCUGCCACUGCUACAUCUGUAGUCACGUCAGCGUCUCCUGCCCCCACCCAUCAUGGGGAGCCCGUCGUCACGUCAGCGUCUCCUGCCCCCACCCAUCAUGGGGAGCCCGUCGUCACGUCAGCGUCUCCUGCCCCCACCCAUCAUGGGGAGCCCGUCGUCACGUCAGCAUCUCCUGCCCCCACCCAUCAUGGGGAGCCCGUCGUCACGUCAGCGUCUCCUGCCCCCACCCAUCAUAGAUUGUCUGAAAUUACAAAAGGCAUGUCUACUGAACUUGGUGCAACCACAGUCUCUCCUACCACCCAUGUGAUAACUGGUUCCAAAACUAGCAUGUAUGCUGACCACCGUCACGACGGGGACCAUUACGACUAUGACUGCCAGAACUGCUAUGGUUAUGGCUGUAGUUGGGGUCUCUGUCGUGGCUGUGACUGGAGUCGCUGUUCCUAGCAGUUCCAAUGAGCUUAAGUCCAUAGCAUCUGGUCACGUGACUCCUACCACCACAGACCUUCUGAAGAUGCAAUGUUUUCUCCAACUUGCAUAACGAUUGGGUGUAUUCUAGGAACAUGGCCUGUGAUAUCGCCUGUGUCAGGUUGCUUGUUUAGUGUCUGAGGUAACGCAUGGUGUUCACAAUCAAGUGUAUUGGUUGUUCGUCUUCAUCUGUUCCUCUAAUAAACUUUUGACGUUACUACUUGCAUUG